CAACACCCGGUCAUCAAUAACCAAAAAACUAUAGAUAGCCACCGGAUGUACCCGGUUACCAGUAUCCUUUUCUCAAAACAAACUAGAAUCCGAUGUAAUGGCAAUCCACUGCCAGCCAUGAACUCGGAAAGAAAAAUAAUCUUCUUGGUUUAAUAAUUAAUAUCUUUGUGAUAUAUAAAAUUACUUCUCUCUCCCGCAACUACCAAAACCCAAAGACCAACCUCCCCCCUCCUUAUUUACUCACCAUUUCUUCACGCAAAAUGUCAAUCCCUUUUUAAAAAUUUUUUUAGUUUCUCAAAACCCAAAUGUAAAUAAAAAUGCAUCAUUUCUGAUUGUUUCUUCUACCUCAUCCAUCAUCUCCUCCAUCUCUUUAUCACAAUUUGUUAACAAUGCCCGUUUCUUCAUCUUCAUCUCCCUCUCUCCGCCUUACCGAGAAGAAGCAAUGGUGGCUUUCUCAUAAACAGAUGGCGAAUAGGUAUGUGAAAGAUGCCAAGUAUUUGAUUGGUGCGGGAGGGGAAAACGAGGUGGUUUCGGCUUUGAAUCUUCUUGAUGCGGCUCUGGUUCUUGCGCCGAGGUAUGAACAGGCAUUGGAACUUAAGGCUCGGUCGCUUCUGUAUCUGCGGCGGUAUAAGGAUGUUGCCGAUAUGCUUCAGGAGUAUUUACCGAGUAUGAGAAGUGGGGGAGAUGAGUCGUCGGGAUCGGAUAACUCGUCGCAACAAUUUUCCAGAGAGCAAGCGAAACUUCUCGUUUCUUCUUCUUCGUCUUCGUCGUCUACUUGUUCUUCUUCUUCGUUGUCGGAGUUGCAGGAUCGUGACUCCUCGUUCAAGUGCUUCUUCUCCGUUGCGGAUUUGAGGAGGAAGAUCAUGGCGGGAUUGCUUUGUAAUUGUUGCGAGAACGAAAGUCGAUGGAGAUAUGUGGUAUUGGGUCAAGCUUCGUGUCAUUUGGGCCUAUUAGAGGAUGCCAUGGUUCUUCUUCAGACUGGGAAGCGCCUCGCCACCGCCGCCUCACGCCGGGAAAGCACCAGCCGGUCAGACGACGGCUUCUCACUCAACAAUUUCCCAAUCGUUCCAACAACCACCGUUGAAUCUGACACCACUGCUGCCCUCCUUAGCCACGUAAAGCUCCUCCUUCGCCGUCGCACUGCCGCCAUUGCCGCCCUUGAGGCCGGCCUACCCUCCGAGGCCAUCCGCCUCUUUACAAAGAUUCUUGACGGUCGUCGCCCUGUCCCACAAACUUUCCUUGCCCAAUGCUUCCUCCACCGCUCCUCUGCUUUCCGCGCUGCUGGCCGCACUGCCGAUUCUAUCGCUGACUGCAAUCGAACCCUCACCUUGGACCCGACCUGCAUCCAAGCACUAGAAACUCGAGCCCACCUCUUCGAAUCCAUCCAUUGCCUCGUAGAUUGCCUUCACGACCUCGAACAUUUAAAACUCCUCUACAAUUCGAUCUUGAGAGAUCGAAAGCUUCCCGGUCCAGCCUGGAAGCGCCAUAAUGUACGAUACAGAGAAAUCCCUGGGAAGCUUUGUGCGUUGACAGCGAGGAUUCAGAAAUUGAAGCAAAGGGUUGCUUCAGGUGAGACUUGUAAUGUGGAUUACUAUGGUUUGAUCGGAUUGCGACGUGGGUGUUCCAGAUCUGAGCUAGAAAGAGCUCAUUUAUUGCUCUGUCUGAAGCAUGCGCCCGAUAAGGCAACUGGAUUUCUAGAGAGAUGCGAAUUGGGGGAUGAUUUUGAUCUGGAUUCCGUUAGAGAUAAAGCUAAAAUGUCCGCAUUGCUGUUGUAUAGGUUACUACAGAAAGGGUAUUCAAGUAUUAUGACAACCAUUAUGGACGAAGAAGCGGCGGAGAAGCAGAGGAAGAGGACAACAGCGGUGAUUCAAAUGCAACAGCAACAACAAAGCCAUGAAGGUGGUGUUGAUGAAAUGGAAUUAAAAUCAGAGGACAUUGUUGGAUCGAAUUUGAAUCAUAAUACGUCAGUUUAUCAAGGGGUAUUUUGUCGAGAUCUUGCAGUGGUGGGGAAUUUACUGUCACAAGUUGGAUUUGGGCGUCCGAUUGCGGUGAAGUAUGAGGCAUUGAGCUGUUAGUUUCAGGUUUCUUCUGCUUUCAUUGUUUGUAUAAAAAGGAAAAAGAACUGACAGGAAAUUUUGUCACUCUUUUGCAUUGUUUUUUUUAGAAAUUGUUUCGUCAGUUCGUGUACAAAUCGUCAAACUUCUUCACAUUCUCUUUCUUUUCAUUUUCCAAUAUUGUUUAAUUUUUUUCAA